AUGAAAUUCACUCCCUGCUCGCCAGAGCUCUACGAUGAAUGCAUUACAAAACAGCGCGCAAACUUCAAGAGUAUCGGUUGGAUCGAAGUCUACGAGCGUCUUGCAGCCGCCAAUCAACACCACGAAAUCAUGGUCGCCCUCGAUCCUGAAACGAAUGCUCAACUUGGCUGGACACUGAUGUGCUCGCCGUCCGCCGUCGUCCUCGAAGAUGUCGCGUUCAUCAGCCUGCUCCCAUCUGGCGAGAAGACAGGGGUGAUAUCAUGUGUGGAGGUCGGCAAAGAGGCGAGAGGGAAAGGUGUGGGGCUUGCGUUGCUGGUGAACGCGAUCGAACAUAUGAAGAGUAGAGGCUUGGAAGGUGUGCUGAUCGACUGGGUUGUGAUCAGGGGAUUCUAUGAGCAGCUCGGAUUCGAGGCGGCGUGGGAGUACGAGACUUUUGAGUGGUAUGUCUCAAAAGCGUCCUAG